AUGGUCGCUAUUAAUCAAAAUGCGAGGCCGCAUGUGCCUCCGGUUCAUCUUCGGCCUGGCGAGGCACCUCGCAUCAUCCACCACUCGAACCCUGGUCUCAUGAACCCUACACAACUGGCUGCCCAGCUGGGUCAACUCAACGUGGGUGGCCGUCCAAGCAACGGUCAACAUGUCAAGGCUCCUGCCGCACCCCACGCCCACACCAACGAUGUGAGCGCUCCCACGCCACUGUACGAGGGAUACACUUUCUUCAAGGCGGAUGCGGCUCCCGGUCAGAAGUCGACAUGGGGUCGCAUCGAACGGACCAAGAUGUCCCAGAGCCAAAACGAGCUGUCCAAGAUGGUCCAGACCCGGUCGAAGAAGCUUCCUGCUGCUGAACAAUACGAGACCCUCACGAAAGCCAAGCGCACCCUCGUCGACCAGUUGAUUGAGCAACGGGCACGGUUCGAUUCUCACUUGGGUUGGGAGUGUGUCUAUGUGAAGACAGAGGAGAAGCCUGUCAAAGGCAAGAAUGCACGUCGUGGCGAGCUCGAAACGGUCUCUAUGGACGUCGUGAUCAUGGGACUGCCAAAGCCCAUCUCCAACCCCAAUGCGCCUCAGAAGUCUGUGAAGAUCGAGACUCCAGAGGAGACCAAGGAGAGGAACCUGGAGAAGCCCGUUCAUCCCACAGCCGAAAAGGAACCUCGUCAGAGCAACAAGAUCGGCGAUCUGAAAAGCAAGGUCCAGUGGGUGAAACCUGGCAAUACUCGUCAGCAGCCUCCUGCAAUGAAGAUUCACAUACCGCAACGGAAUGAGUCGCCGCCGCCCUACCCUCGUCCUCAACCGCCUCCUGACCCAAAUCCGUUCCCUCAACCCCGUCCUGCCGAAGGACACAGCGCUGGCAGAGGGCAGCCCAUGGAAAGGCCAUGGCCACAGGCUCCGGCGGUCCAGCCGGUUCAGCAAUCAUUCAAUGUUCCCCCAACUCACCCCAACCACGGCUCAGGGCGUGGGAUGCUAAACGGGGGUGCUCAAGCUGGGUUUUAUCCCAGACGAAUGGAAGCGCGUGGUCGUCCACCAUUCGUUCGUCCUGGUAGUGGCCCGGCGCCUGAAACACAGCAUGCACGUGCUCGCAGCGGCUCUGAACCCAAGUCAGUCAAUGGUCACACCGGCUCUGUACAAACCCCUCAUGAUUUCCCUGGAAAAUCCAAGCCCCCCGUAGACAGCGAGGAAGAUCGUCCAGCCGGGACUCCCAACUUGACUGAGCGUGCCAAAUGGCCUGCUGAGUCCAGUGAGACUGAGGACGAGUCAAUCCUCUCUGGCGGCGAUGAUGAGGACGACUGGAGCUCUGUAACAGAGGAUCUCAGUGACGAGAGCGAUCUGGAUAGCGAGGACGAGGAAUUAGAAAACAACAACCGGCAUAAGCCCCAACCAUGGCGUGGGAGUCUUUGGCGCCGACACUCGUCCCAGAAGCUGAACCGGCGGCAUCCAGUGUAUCGCAUCCAUUGUCGGAAGUGGCCGAACAGUAGUUCUCCCAAUAAAGACGGCGAUGACAGCAACCCCAACCGAGGACGAUCUCCGGCAGGCAAUACAGACUGCAGCAUGGAAGAAGUGGUGUCCACCACCAGACACACGAGCGAUAACAAUGCCGAAUGGAGAGCAGCAACAGGCCAAACUCCCCGGGAAAUUACCGUGCCAGGAACCCGAGGCCGUCCCACUAUUAUCCACGAACCCGAAGCUAACCCGGGACCUCUCGAUUCUUCUGGGGCUCAGUCUCCUCCGGACGAGGAGCAGUUGCGGAUGCACAAUGACAUCCGGACUCAGAUUCUGAAUGACAGGGAAGCUCGACUUGAGCGGCGCGAGAAGCUGGUGGACUUUCAUGCGAAAAUGUUGGCGGAGAAGUUGGAGGAAGCGAGGUUCAUGAAUCAGCGGAUGGCGUUGCGAGAGCCAUUUUAUUAUCGUCCUUAUUCCCCUCCGCGACGAUAUCCUUUGCCGGAGUACUAG